UGUGCAUCAGUGUAGCAUUAGCACGGGAUAAAAAAAAAAAAAAAACGUCAUUAGUACAGCCUGAGUCUGUAGAAGAAAAGACUCAUUAAGCAGAUAAUUAACGAUGUGUCCUCACAGUAAGCAGGAGCGAUGCUAAUUAGCGUGGAGGAACAACAACGACCCGGUCAUCUGAACUUCCUGAAAACGCAUUUAAUUUGACAAAAAUAUUUUGUCAAAUAUCGUUGUAAAAUAAAAUAAAAUAUUUAGGCUAGCUAGCUCAGAAGCUAACAGAGGAAAAUUAGCUUCAUUUGUAAAUAGCAUGAUUGCUUCUUGUGAGGAAGUUAUUCGUUCUCUGUGAUGAGACCCAGGAGUUUAAUUUGGGUCUCGUGGCCAAUCAAAGUGCUGCUGCAUUCAGGAACCACUUCCCUCAGGACAUUUCAAGUUCAGGUAUAAAACAAAACAAGAAGCGGCACCUCCUGCCCUCCUGCUGUGGACGAUUCGCGCCAAAAGACGACAGGAGCGUUGAGUGCCAUGUUGCCAUCGGGGGAGAAGAACUCGUCGCACACCACCUUCAUUUUUCGAGGCUUCCCCGAGUUCCAUGAGCAUCGCUGGCUGCUGGCGCCGCCGCUGGCCGCCAUCUACACGUCGGCACUACUGAGCAAUGCGCUGCUGGUGUACGUGAUCUGCAGCGUGGAGCGCCUACACAGCCCCAUGUACCUGCUGAUCUGCAUGCUAUGCACGGUGGACCUGGCGGUGGUCAGCGCCAUUGUUCCCAGCACCCUACUGGGCCUACUGCUAGACUGGAACAGCAUCUCAUUGGCUGGCUGCUUGGCGCAGAUGUUCGUCACCCACUUCCUGUCGUCGGUGGAGUCCACCUUGCUGCUGGCCAUGUCGCUGGACCGCUACAUGGCUAUCUGCCAGCCGCUGCGCUACAACGAGCUGGCCAACUCCUCAGUGUUUGUCAAACUGCUGUUCUUCACGCUGGUGCGCAGCGGCAGCGUCAUAGCGACGCUGGUGGGGCUGGCGGGCUCGCUGCGCUUCUGCGCUUCCAACAUCAUCCCACACUGCUACUGCGACCACAUGGCGCUGGUCAGCCUGGCCUGCGGCGACACGCAGCACAGCCGGGCGGCGGGCCUGGCCGUCAUCGUGUGCUUCGUGGGCGUGGACAUCCCGCUCAUCUUCUUCUCCUACAUGAAGAUUCUGAGUGCCGUGCUGCGGGCGGCGGCGGCCGGCGAGGACCGUCGGAAGGCCUUCCACACGUGCGCCACUCACCUGAUGGUCAUGAUGUGCUUCUACCUGGUGGGCAGCGUCACCUUCCUGUCACACAACCUCAACAUCGACAUCCCCACCGACGCCAACACCGCCAUGGGCCUCCUCUACAUCCUCUUCCCCGCCGCCGCCAACCCUGUCAUCUACGGUGUCCGCACCGCCGAAAUCAGAAACGGCUUCUUCCGCCUCUUUCGCCUCCGAGAAGCCAAGGUCUCACCCGCCAGUGUGAAGACCACCAAACUAAACGAAGACUGAGGAGGUGUUCCAAUAAAAAUACCUUUUAUUUCAUUAGAAAUCCACACCAUUGCUCCCAUCAAAGCAUCAAGUGAUGUUUGAAACUGAAUAGUAUCAAACC